UAACUACGAUUACUUUCCGCUCGUUUUCUCUCAUUUCAGCUUUUCUGUUUCGCUUCUCAAAUCUUUUCAAUAUUUAUGGGUGAAAAACAAGAAAUUAGGGAAAUUUUAUGCCCUAGAUGAGAUUUUGAUUUUAAAAAUUACUGAAUCAUCUCAUUUUUGGCUUGCUUUUUUUUUCGACCUUGACUGAGUAUGAUUUUUUUCGUAUUAUCCUCCACCGAUGUGAACUUUCUUUGAUUUCUUUUUGUGUGAAUGGAGACACAGAGAGUGGUGGAAUUUCCUCAUAGGAGCAUGGAUCAAAGGCCUCGGAAACGACCUCGUUUGACAUGGGAUCUGAUGCCGAAUGUCCCUCCUGCUCCUCCAAAGAUUCUUCCAACUGUAUACUGUGCCCAAGAGUUUGGGGCUGUCCCUAGUUACGCAUGUUCGUCAAUAUAUUAUAAAGGGAUUCCGCGUAAUGGUUCUCCACCAUGGAGACUUGAUGAUAAAGAUGGGCACUAUGUUUUUGCUAUUGGAGAGAACUUAACUCCUCGUUACAGGAUACUAAGUAAAAUGGGUGAAGGGACUUUUGGGCAAGUUUUAGAAUGUCUGGACAAUGAAAGGAAAGAGAUAGUUGCUAUCAAAGUUGUUCGUUCCAUACAAAAGUACCGGGAAGCAGCAAUGAUUGAAAUUGAUGUCUUACAGAAACUAGCAAGGCAUGAUGUCUGCGGUACACGUUGUGUGCAAAUACGGAAUUGGUUUGACUAUCGUAAUCAUAUUUGUAUUGUGUUUGAGAAGCUUGGUCCAAGCUUGUAUGAUUUUCUACGCAAAAAUAGCUAUCGUUCAUUUCCCAUUGAUCUUGUUCGGGAGUUUGGCAGACAACUUUUGGAAUCUGUCGCAUUUAUGCAUGAUCUUCGCCUGAUUCACACCGAUUUAAAACCAGAAAAUAUUCUUCUGGUGUCCUCAGAAUAUAUUAAAGUUCCAGACUAUAAGUUUCUAUCAAGAUCUGCAAAAGAUGGUCCCUACUUCAAAAAUCUACCUAAAUCAAGCGCUAUAAAGCUUAUUGAUUUUGGAAGUACUACUUUUGAACAUCAAGAUCACACCUAUGUAGUGUCUACACGCCAUUAUCGUGCACCAGAGGUUAUUCUCGGUCUUGGAUGGAACUACCCCUGCGAUAUGUGGAGUAUAGGUUGCAUACUUGUUGAACUGUGCUCUGGUGAAGCUCUUUUCCAGACUCAUGAGAACUUGGAACAUCUUGCAAUGAUGGAAAGGGUGCUUGGACCACUACCUCCAAAUAUGAUCAUGCGAGCCGAUCGUCGGACUGAGAAAUAUUUCAGAAGGGGUACAAGACUGGAUUGGCCAGAGGGCGCCACCUCCAGAGAAAGUAUGAGGGCAGUCUGGAAAUUGCCCCGACUUCCGAACCUUAUCAUGCAGCAUGUGGAUCGCUCGGCUGGAGAUUUGAUUGAUCUUCUUCAAGGACUUCUACGUUAUGAACCUGCAGAACGGCUGAAGGCAAGAGAAGCUUUAGGGCACCCGUUUUUUACGAGGGACCUCAGGCGAUUUGGAUAUCUGUAAACGAAGAUGUGAUGAAAGAUACGAUGAAGCCAUCAGGUGAAUAAAAUUUCACAUGCAUGUGUGAAUUGCAAAAUUAAAAUGAAAUAGAUAGAGAGAAAGGGAAGGGGGUGGAGAAUACAAGUUCAACAUCGGCGCCUGUCAACUGCAAAUGUACUGACGUCGUUCAAACCCCCCGAUUAUGUUGUAAAAUAUGCAGCUUUUGCAGGUGUGUAUUAUUAUUAUUUUCUUAAAUUAUUGUCUUUGCUUGUUCUUCUUGUUGGUUGUGACCGAGUGCUUGCCUGUUACUCUUUUUUUUUUUCUGGAAAGUUUGUUGCAUACAUUCUUAUACAUGUAAUUUGAAUGUGUAUGAUGCUCUUUUA